GCUGGGGUCAGGGCUCUGCUCGGUCCCUCCCUCUCCCGGCGGGCUGCUGGGAGGUCGGGGCUGUGCCAGGUCGGGCCCUAAGGAGAGGCAGGGGAGGUCCGGAUCCGGGGCUGGAAGAUAUUUGAUCACAAAAUGAAGCCUGCAAAGCUGCACUGUUGGAUUCUUAGUUGGUUUUCUGUGGCAUUAUGUUGUUUGUGCACUUCCCAUGAGUACACCCAGAGUGACAGCCACCCUCAUGCCUGGAAGAAGCUGUAUCUUGCUCACCACUGGCCAGUGACUGUUUGUAAGAUGAGUGCUAAUGAUUGUCAAGACCCUCCAGAGUACUGGACAAUCCAUGGACUGUGGCCUGACAAAACUGAGGAGUGUAACAGGACAUGGCAUUUUAAUGUCACUGAGAUCAAGGACCUGCUGUUAGACAUGAGACGCUUCUGGCCUGAUGUGCUGCACUCAUCUCAGAAUCGUACCCAGUUCUGGAAACAUGAGUGGGAUAAACAUGGCACUUGUGCAGCCACACUUGAGGUCCUUAAUUCUCAGAAGAAAUACUUUGGCACAGCCUUAGAUCUCUACAAGCACAUUGAUCUAAACAGUUGUCUCCUGAAUGCUGGGAUAAAGCCAAGUAGUUCAUAUUACCAGAUGGGUGCCAUAAAGGAAGCCCUUACAAGGUUUUAUGGUGUGACACCAAAGAUCCAGUGUCUUCCUCCAGAAGAGGGUGAAAAAGCCCAAACAAUUGGUCAGAUUGAAUUCUGCUUCACCAAAGAACUGCAGCUGCAAAACUGCACAGCAGAACUGGAGCCUGAAUCCAACCCACUGCACCUUGACCUGAAGCUUGGAACUGAGGAGCUGUCUGUCUGCAGUGAUGCUCUGCCAACCUAUUACCCUGCACAGGUCCAAGAUCACAAAUGAAGCCAUCAGAAUUUGACAGAACUUUUAAAACAGCAACAGAAACCCCAAAUCCUUAAACAUUGUACCUUGGAAAGCGGUCUUGACUUAGCAAUAUUCCAAAGCCCUGUCCAUAUCACAGGGAUGCUGGGAAAAUUUCUGCUGGAAAACCUUACUUCUUUUGCCAUUAAAGGAGAAUGAUCCACAUUGUCAUCCCA